AACUCAUAACCUUAGAUUACACAAAAGUGCAGUUUAUAAACCAAAACAUUACCAAAUACUAUUUAUAAAAUAUGAUGAAAAACACACUAUUUACACCUAAUCAAUUUAACAAUCAAUAAACUACCAACUAGAACAAAAUCGAAUAAUACAGGAAUAGAGAAAAAGGAAAAAAACACUUCAUUUAAAAAGACAUUUUUCAGAAAUAAGAACAAUGAAAAAAUACCACCAGCUCUUUCUAUUGAUUGUCUCCAUCUCCAGUCUCAGCUUGUUUCUGAUCUACAGACAUGAAUACAAUCGUCUCCAUUACAUACUGGAAGUGUUCAACUUUUUUGGACAGCCUUGCAACUUUUCCCAACUGCAAAAGUCUUCAGGAAUUUUAAUGGAGCACGACUGGGGCCCAAAACCGUAUUUCCAACAGGACGAAGCCGGACUGGUUUAUUCCAGCUUUUUACUCGACAAGCAAGUUAAAACUUUAUUGCUCGUGAACGACGAAAGAAAAAUUGCUAAAGGAUGUUUUUUGUGGUUGGAAAAUCGGAAGAAACCGAUAUUAGGAUUAUUCAGUUAUCAAAAAGUUGGCACAGACAAUAAUCUGUACGCUUACAAUUGUAAAUUUGACAGUUUGAACAACAAUUUCGACGACUUGUACGCGGUAUCGUACAGUUUCAGACUUAAAAAUUUCAACAACCUGACCAAAAUACAAAUCGUUGUUAACAACGAUAACGAACGGUUCGUUUUCAACGCGACAAUUUGCGUUUUGCCCAACGUCUACAGCAAAAAGAAACUCGUAGAAUUCUUAAGUUUCCACAAAAUAAUCGGCGUCGACUCGUUUAUCGUUUACGACAAAGAAAUUCCAUAUAAAUUAGUCAAGUUCAUCACAAACUUGAAUAUGAACGUUUCUUUCUUCAAAUUUAAUAUUGGCGCUAACAACAAUAACGUUGUGAAAAGUUUAAUAGAAACCGAUUGUUUUUACCGAACGAAGAAAAAAAGUAAAUUUGUUGCUGUCUUAGAACUAAACGAAUAUUUAACUGUUAAAAACAACAACAACAACAACAACAACAACAACUACAUCAAUAAAAUUCAAGACGUUUCCUUUAACAACAAAGACAAAACGGUGGUUACGGUGCAAAAAAUCUGUUUAGAUUUUAUCAACAAUAAACCGAUCGUUCUAGAAAAUUUUCAAGUCAACGACGAUUUCGUUGCCACCAAAAUUAUUUAUAACAACUAUAAUGACAAAAACGUCGAUUUUAAUAAAAAUACUGUAGUCAUCAAUAAAUAUGUUAAAUGUAAUUUGGAACCGAAAAACAGUCAUACAGAUCGAUUCAUGCAGAUCUUCACAGACGAUUUGUAUGGAAGCGUUUUGGUACAACUCUUAAUUAAACAACAAAUUUAAUUAGCAAAUAAAUCAUACAAUCACUU